AUGGAUGAAAAUAUUGUUAGUAAUUAUGAAAUUACAAACGAAAAUGAAAUACAAUCUAACAACGAAGUAAACGAUUUAGUAGACAAUAAGCAAAGUGAAGAAAAUACUACAAAUCAAGCUGAAGAGGUUCUAGAAGAGGGAUUGGACGAACAUCUCAAUAAAGAAAUAGCAAGUAAAGAUGAAGAAGAAGAAAUCGAUGAUGUGGGUCACGAACAAGAAGCUUCUUUACAUGAUGACAAAGAAGAAGGCAUGGAAGAGGAGAAAGAAGAAAAUGAUGAAGAAAAACAAACACACGAACAAGAAGUAAUGAAAGUAGAAAAUCAAAAGCCACCAGAACCAGAACAGCUUGAAGAAGAAGAGGAACGGUACGUAGAAGAACCACCACCAGAUCCAACUGCUCCGUUUGAUUUAAGUGAUUCUAAAGAAGCUCUCAAGCCUCCGUUUGAAUUAAGACCUGACCAAAUAGCAGAAGUAGAACAACUUUGGGAGGUAUAUCAGAACUAUACACCUGCAUAUACAGACAUAGAUGGAUACAUAACAGAAAAAGAACUUGUGUAUAUGUUAAAAUCUCUUCUUUUAAUGACUCAUACUCCCGAACAAUUGCAAGAACUGAUAGCAUUUUGUGUGAGACCAUCGCAUCCUCAGGGUCACAUAAAUUAUGAACAAUUUUUGAAAAUGGUUACAAUGCGACAAAGAGAUUUUCCGGUUGAAGAUGAAUUGCGCUCUGCUUUACAAGUAUAUGACCCAGGGAGAACGGGAGUAGUGGAUAGAGAAUACUUAAAGGAAGUACUAGCUAAACAGGGUCAUAAAAUGCCCCAGAAACAGUUGGAUAAUCUAAUAAAAGAAGUAGAUAUAGCUAAUGAUGGAACCAUUGGAAUCGAAGACGUUGUUGGCACAAUGUGUAUAGAUCUUAAUAAAGAGGAUUUGUUGAUGUUAAAAGCGUCUCUAUAUCCAGAAGAAAAGACUAGUAAACAUUCCCUAUGAUGAAUAAAUCGACAAAGUUCUUCGCGGUAAUUUUA